CACUAGUCCCUAUAAAACAGUCAGUCCCUUUUAGUAGCCAAGUGUGUCUGUACGUUUUGACAAAUAAAGGCCUGUCUCAAUUAGAGGCCCAGUUGCAGUUAAUUUUUCUACAGAAAAGGACUUCAUAAUAGCCUACCGUCAUCUCUUGCUUUAUAAGCAUAUCAGUAAGCAAUAUCAGUAAGUGUGAACAUGUUUGUCCACAGAAGUAUUACUUUGUUCCUCUGCUUAUCUUUCAAGGUUUGCUUCAUCUGCUCCUUCCUGGAAUACCAGCCCCUAACCAGUGGGAGCUAUGUGUACCCAGACUGGGCCUACUGUCUGGGCUGGGCCAUGGUCUUCUCUUCUGUGGUUGCAGUACCCAUCUGGGCUGUCAGCAAGGUCUGCCUCACAGAGGGCACCCUCAGACAGCGUCUGUUGGUCCUGUGGCAUCCUGUUCUGGAUUCUGUCGGUCCAAAGAGUAACAACGAAGAUCCCCUAAACGAAGUAGAGAUGAAACCAAUGACAGAGCAGUCAGUAUAAAAUGUCCUCCUGGAUUUCAUCUUCAAAAAGUCUGUCCAUGUUACUGAAAAGUGCUAUUGAUAACAUAAGCCACAAGAUUUUGUACCCCCCUCCUGCUAACUACUGACUCACCUGUGUAUGUGUGUGUGUGUGUGUGUGUGUGUGUGACUUCCCUCCUCGGUCAAAUGAACCUUUAGCAGUGUGUAGGUAGCCAUAUGGUUCAUGAUCCAUUAGCUACUGUACAUACUGUAAUGUAGGCUACUAUAUGAAGGUGGUGUUGAUGGGACCUGGUCUGUUAGUGGACUUAAUUUGGUCAGAGUAUCAAAACACCGGUGACUUGAUGGGUGUAAGUGUAAAGCAAGGAAAACUGAACUAACACAAUAACAGAAGGGAAAAACAAAGUUCCAGAUGUUAGCUGCAGUGGCUGGAGAACAGGAUUUACAAAGAACCCAACUAGAGGUAUCCAGUUGCCUUCCUGAUCAGAUGCCUCAGCUAUGUAACUAACUUAAAAUACU